AUGCAGUUUCGACUCUUCUCCUUUGCUCUAAUCGUGUUGAACUGCAUGGACUACAGUCACUGUCAGACGCAGUCGCAUCGGUGGAGAAGGAACAAAAGAGCUAGCUAUGGAGCAUUUCCAAUCUGCAAGGGCUGCUCAGUGUGCUCAAAGGACAACGGGUGUAUGAACUGCCAGCCGAAGUUGUUUCUGUUCCUGAGACGGGAGAGGAUGAGACAGUACGGGGAGUGCCUCCAUGCCUGUCCAUCCGGAUACUAUGGCAUGCGUGGAACCGAGAUCAACAUGUGUUCCAGGUGCAGGAUAGAGAAUUGCGAAGCCUGUUUCAGCAAAGACUUCUGCACAAAGUGCAAGUCUGGUUUUUACUUGCACAAAGGCCGCUGCUUUGAGAAGUGUCCCGAAGGCUUUGCUCCCCUGGAGGACACUAUGGAGUGUGGAGAGGGCUGUGAGGUGGGUCAGUGGAGUGAAUGGGGGACCUGCACCAGGAGAAACAAAACCUGUGGUUUCAAGUGGGGCCUGGAAACUCGAACACGGCAUAUUGUGAAGAAACCGCCUAAGGACACGAUACCCUGCCCCACCAUUGCCGAGUCCAGGAGGUGCAAAAUGGCCAUGAGACACUGCAGAAGAGGAGGUUCAGGGAAGCAGCGAUCCAAAGAACCAAAGAAGAAGUCGAACAAACAGAGGCUCCGUUUCAGGGCCCAGAACCAGCAUAGCGACCAUCUUGCUUCUGUGCGCUCCAGCCAGUGA